AAUGGACUUGAAACAUCACCAGAUAACGCAGAGUUUAAUAGAUAAGAUUAGUAAUCCUACUCACCGUCAGAUGGAUUUGUGAAUCGAUCCAACGGUCAUAAUCGUCUUUCCAAGAUAGGCCAGCUCCGAAACUCACCUCCACGCAUCUAUAAUCGUGUAUCAAGAAACGGAUCUUUCUUCUCUAUCUUCUGAAUAUCACAAAACCCAAUUAGCCGGAGAUGGCCGCAACAUCCGCCGCUGCUGCAGCUGCUUCUUCCAUCAUGGGUACUCGGGUGGCUCCCGGUAUCCAUCCCGGUUCAGGUCGGUUCACAGCCGUGUUCGGUUUCGGAAAGAAGAAGGCAGCUCCCAAAAAGAGUGCCAAAAAGACGGUGACUACGGACCGGCCUCUUUGGUACCCAGGCGCCAUUUCUCCUGACUGGCUUGAUGGUUCCUUGGUUGGAGAUUACGGUUUUGAUCCCUUCGGUUUAGGCAAACCGGCCGAGUAUCUUCAAUUCGAUAUCGAUUCACUAGACCAGAAUCUGGCUAAGAACUUGGCCGGAGACGUGAUCGGAACCCGUACGGAAGCUGCCGACGCCAAAUCGACGCCGUUUCAGCCGUACAGUGAGGUGUUCGGAAUCCAGAGAUUCAGGGAAUGCGAACUCAUCCACGGACGGUGGGCGAUGCUCGCUACUCUCGGCGCUCUCUCCGUCGAAUGGCUUACCGGCGUUACAUGGCAAGACGCUGGCAAGGUGGAGCUUGUAGAUGGAUCGUCCUACUUGGGGCAGCCAUUACCUUUCUCGAUCUCGACAUUGAUAUGGAUCGAGGUGUUAGUGAUCGGCUACAUCGAGUUCCAGCGCAACGCCGAGCUUGAUUCGGAGAAGCGUUUAUACCCCGGAGGCAAGUUCUUUGACCCGCUAGGUUUAGCGGCUGACCCGGAGAAGACUGCUCAACUUCAGUUAGCUGAGAUCAAGCAUGCACGUCUUGCGAUGGUCGCCUUCUUGGGAUUCGCGGUUCAAGCGGCUGCAACAGGUAAAGGUCCACUCAACAAUUGGGCUACUCACCUCAGUGAUCCACUCCACACCACCAUCAUCGAUACCUUCUCCUCAUCUUAAAAUCAUUAUCAUGUGAGAUUCUAUUUGUAACUUAUGUAAAAACAGAGCUAUGAUGAUACUGAAUCGACUUUGGGCUUUUGCUUGUUUGGUUUAUUUACAUGUUUGGCCCAUGACAUUAAAUUGGGCUUCUCCUUAUUUACUAUACCUACUCGUCGUACAUUUUCAAAAUGUAUUUUUGUCGCAUAUACAGAUUGGCCCAAUAGCAGGAGUACAAGACCGACCCAUUAGUUAUGUUGUGAUUAUUUUUUCUUGAUUUGGACAAUGAAAAAGGAGAACCGUACAGAAAAACAAAUAAGUCCACAGAC